AUCAGCUCUCCGUGCACCAUCCAGUCAGCUGCAAGACACCAAAGACUGAAGAUACGAAUUUGGCAAUGGAUCACAGCCUGGUGUGGAUAUUUCUGUUGGGUGCCGUGUACUGGGCCAGAGGUGCACGCAUCCUGGGAAUCUUCCCCACACCGUCCAUCAGUCACCAGUUGCCGUUCCAAACCAUCAUGAAGGCCUUGGCAGCGAGAGGACACGAAAUUACUGUCAUCAGUCCUGACCCUCUUAAGACGCCAGUUCCAAACUACACAGACGUGGACCUCUCCUUCUCAUACGAAUACUUCCAUUCAUCAUUCGACUUCGCAACAAUGGACCAGGCUACGCCAUACGAAUUAAUCGAACAAAUGAUUCCCGUCGUGACUGAGAUGGUCAAGAAACAGCUGAGUUCCCCGCAGCUUCAAGAAUUCAUUAGGUCAAAUGCAACGAAAUAUGACCUUGUGUUUCUGGAGGCAUUAUUGUACCAAAGCUAUCAUGGUCUCAUACACCUCGUGGGAUCUCCACCUGUCAUAGGAAUAUUGUCCCUUGAAUGCUUCUGGACUGCGGGGGAUGCAAUGGGGACUCCAAAUAAUCCUGCUUUUGUUCCGGAAAUUCUACUGUCGUAUGGGAACCGAAUGACGUUUUAUGAGAGACUACAAAACAUGCUCUUUUGGUUGUGGAUAAGGUACAAAAUAUACUUGGAAGCGUUUCCAGAGCAAGAAGCUAUCAUGAGGAGAUUCUUUGGCUCCAGCCCCCCUUCUAUUAUUGAUGCAGAAAGGAACAUAAGUCUGCUUAUGCUCAGCUCCAAUUGGGUGUUCAACUACCCAAUCCCUCUUAUGCCAACAGUACUGACUUUCCACAGCCUGCACGUCAAAACUACAAAUGACACACUGCCAAAUGACCUACAGACGUUUCUUGAUGAAGCUGAAUAUGGUGUGAUAUACUUCAGUCUUGGUUCCAAUGUGCGUAGUGAUCGUAUGCCACAAGAGAAGAGGCAUGCUUUUCUUAGCGCUUUCUCUGAAUUGCCACAGAGAAUUCUGUGGAAGUGGGAGUCAGACAGUCUGCCUGGACAGCCACCAAAUGUGAGGCUUGGCAAGUGGCUUCCACAGCAGGACAUUCUAGGUAUUAUAUCCUUCUGUUGUUAACAGAAAGAGUAUAUAUUAAUUAUAAGACAUUUAAUUCCCACUUAAAAAUUCAAUGGAGCAUAAUCUAUGUUGUAAUUAUUUACAGAUUAAAUACAGUUUAAUUAUAAAACUCAGUUCUGAACCUCAGCAUGAAACUGAGAACACACUAAUGCAUUCUUUAAAUGGAGGCUAUUCUUACACGGAAUUUUACAUGCAUACACUGGCUUUGAUGAACCUGGAAUUCAUAGGUACAAUCCAUUCCCACCUCUUUUAUUUUUCCUUCCUCUUGCCAUUCCUUUCCCCUUUCUUCCACCAUCAAAUUUAUAUUCAAUUUAUAUUCAAACAGUCUGUGCAAAUAUUGAAAAAAUGUACCUAUGCAAGAAAAUAAGGCAAAAAAUUAGCCACACUACAAACAUACUGCAUUAGCUCAAUCUUCCAGGUCUGUUCUCUGUGAGUACUAGCAAAUACACAACUGACUUUUCCAUAUAGGCAUAAGAUGCUGAGCAUGAAACGUAGACAUUACCGUAAGAGUAACACCAAAUUACUGUAACAGUUUUAAUUAUAGUGCAAAAUUCAUAUUAAUUUAUACAUGACCAACUCCCAUUUAGUAUGUCACACAACACAAGGUUGAAACUGUCAUUUUUGUUUUGUAUAAUAAAAUCAGGAGGGCACGCGGUAGCGUAGUUGGUUGAGGUA